AGAUCUUAAGAAACUUUUAUCACUCCAAGGUCACAAAUAUAUCAUCCUACUUUUUGUUUCAUUAGCUUCAUAGUUUUACCUUUCACAUUUAGAUCUUUAAUACAUUUGGUGUUUAUUUUAAGGGAAGAGUAUUAGGAAAUGAAGUGAGAGAGGUAAUGGAGGGAGCAGAUUGCAUGGUGAUUGUAGGCCGUUGGGAGGACUUUGGUUUUUAUGCUCAGUGAAAGAGGAAGCCAGUGGAGGUUUUGCACAUAGGGUGCCACAGUCUGAAAUCUGAAAUAUGUUUUUAAAAAAAUUUCUGAUGACUCUUGAGAAUAGAUUGUGUGAGGUAUGGCAGAAACUGUUGUUAAUUCUUCCCCAGUAUCUAGGAUAUCCUUUUCUCUGUUCGUAUCUGAAUCUCUCUUAGAGACUGUAUUUUCCAGCUUCCCCUGACUUUAGGAGAUUGUCUACGUGAUUAGGUUUGGGCCAAUUAAAUGUGAGCAAAAGUGGUAUGUGCAACUUCUGGGUUAUCUUCUUAAAGAUGAGGUGCUAGUCCUAUUCCUCUCUCUAUGCCACCCCGCUUCCUACUGACUAGAAAGCAGCAACAACCAGAAUGGCAACAGCUGCCUUGAACCCAGAGGUAGACAUCCUGUGAUGAGGGUGGCAGAGCCAUCCCUAGUCAGCCUAGGUCCCCAGAUGACCAUGGGGGACAGAACCAACUACUACUCACCCUCCCCAAAGCACCGGCCUAUCCCUGUGCUAUUUCCAGGAAGAGAAUAAACUUUCUUGUUUGAGCCGCUGUAUUUGUCAUCAUUUUAUCCCAGCAGCUUUCCCCAUAUCCAAUAUAGUGCCAAAAUUGGUACCCACAGUGGGGUGUUGCCAUAAUAAAUUGCGAAAAUGCAUGGUACUGGCUGAGUGGUUAGCCAGCAGACAGUAGGCACCAUGUUAUAGGCUGGAAAACUGGUGACACUUGUUAUGCUAUGGCAGAACACUUAGUGAAGCUGUCACCUCUGAUAACUUGGAAGGGCAUGGAUGUGUCUGUCCAGUUUGUACCUCCAGGAGAGUGGUUAGAAAGACUGCUGUUGGGGCGCCUGGGUGACUCAGUUGGUUAAGCAACUGCCUUUGGCUCAGGUCAUGAUCCUGGAGUCCUAGGAUCAAGUCCCACAUCAGGCUCCCUGCUCAGCAGGGAGUCUGUUUCUCCCUCUGACCCUCUCCUUCUCAUGCUCUCUCUCUCUCUCAUUCUCUCUCUCAAAUAAAUAAAAUCUUUAAAAAAAAUUAGAAAGAGUGCUAAUGUAAUUAAAAAAAAAAUAGAAGGAUGGCUAACACGAGUUGACUAGCUGCUUUAGCAAGGAACUGCAAGAGGGUGUAAAGUAAGAGAACAAUUAGCUAGUUUGCACUUAGAGGGGGUAUAAAUUUGCUAACGGAGUUCUGUACGACCGUGGCCUAUGCUUCGCAUUGACUGAAAGGACAGUGUAAUACGGGGUAUUGCAGGGUUGGAAAAAAUAGUUUCUUUUUCCCGAACAGCAAGAAGUUAGAUUCGUUUUUAGGAACCUUCGUCAGAUUUUCUUGGCCAGAGCAAAGUGGAAGCCAGGCUAGGCAAGGAUCAUAUUAAGGAUUUAUCUUCCCACCUGAACCAGUCACUUAAGCUAGGUAAAGCUCCAGUUACAGAGUCUCAGUUCCCUAGGACAACAAGGGUUUAUUUCUUACUUAGGACAUGUCUAUGGCUCUGUUCCACCAUCCUCUACCACUUCAAGCCAAAGGAAUAGGCUUUUUGGGGACAUUGCUAUUCUGUUUCAGAGGGAAGGGAGACAUAGCAGAACCAGCUGCUUGGAAGAGACAUGUGUUACUUUUGUUCAUAUUUUAUUGGCCACAGCUAAUCGAGUGGCUGAGCCUGAAAUCAUUCAGGCAGAAAGAACAUUUUAAGUCACAUGGCUUGCCCUGAUGUGAAUGGGGUGUGGUGGUGGUACAAUCAUCCUGCCGUGUGAAUCAGAUGCUCUCAAGUUAACUAACCUUAAAUUGAGGGAGAGAGGGAUGCAUCUGCCUCAGAGGUCAGCUAAUAAUAGAGAAGGACAGAAUUGACAAGCUUAGCAUCUACCAUCAGACUGAAUUUUGAGUUGUGGUUACUUUCGUGUGGCACUGGCUGAAGACAAAGAGACCUAUGGAGGUUUUGAGAGGAUUAUGUUGGCAAAGAUGCUACAAGUUUAGCUUGCCAAAACCUGUGGUGGUUUGACACUGUUUGACAACUAAAGCAAUCUUUGACCCCCAAACAUGUACCCCCAGAAAAUAGGCUAUUAGCCCUUUCCUGCCUCUUUGGAGCACAUACUCUCUUAUGUUCACUUCAUAUAUUGCCAGAAAGGAUAACAGAAGAAAGUAUCUUCCAGAGACAAAGCCAGGCUCUAGCAGACAAAUGGACAAGGGAAUCCGUCCCCUUCCUACAGACCCCCCUGCCCCCACCCCCACCCCAGCACAGAACCUCAGUUUAACCAAGGAACUUGCUUCCCUGGUAGAGUGGGGACUGCCAUUCCUGUCCAGCAGUAUUCAUCAUUGGUAAGAAUAGUAUUUGCCAUUCUUUUCAGAAUGGAAGACUUAAUUGCAUUAAUCUUAUUUGUAUUCCAUUGUAUAUUGGUUGUAAUGGUGGUGGUAGAGAGCAAAGUUACUUAAGUCUGUUAGUUUGUAGGUCAUUGGACGGGGACAGAGACACAUUGAUAUCUGUUGAAGAGGUUGUGUGUCACCCAGAGAUCUUAGACUUUGAGCUGAAUCCAAUAACUGGAUGGGACUUCAGGUUAUCCCUUUAGAAAAGGAGAGGAAUGUUUCAGAGUGGGAAGAAGGAUGCACUCCCAUUUCUGAUAUUUUGCUGCCACAUAGCUCCUAUUUCUUAGGCUCCUUGCCAGAAGAGACCACAUACCUACGUUUUGGCCAGUGGAUGGGAGUGGAGGUGAUGUGUGCACAUCCACAUUCGUAUUAAAAAUCUGCUGUCUGUCAUAUUCUUUUUGCUCCGCCCCCAUGGAUGAGGUGUGGGCGCGCCAGCUUCCAUCAUACAGGCAAGGGCAGUGCCCCAGGGGAGUGGCAGGACAGGAAAGAAGGAACCUCAGUCCCAUGACUACUACAUGAGAGAGAAGUGAACUCCUCUUCCGUUGGUGCUGCUACAUUCUUGGUCUUGUUAUAGCAGUUCAGCCUAUAUCUUGGUUAAUACAGACGGCAGAGAUGAAAAUAGGAAACAAACAUGGGAAAUUCAGUUUGGAAUUGUUCUUAGUGGUUUUUUUUCACUUGAAGCUUUUCGUUUAUAUAUUUCUGUGAAAGUUUAUCUUUCAAAUUGUCUAACAAAGAAUUUAGAAAUAAACUCCUUUAUUUGAACAUCAUUCCUGUUGUGAUUUCCUUUUUAUUUCAUAUGCAUAACAUAUUCUUGCAACAAUUUUGUAUCCUGAUAUUUUCAUGUGCUGUCCAUUUUCUUUGUUGCUGUAGAGUUCUUACACUUGUACAGUUAUUGUUGUUAUAGAACAUUGGGUUUUUACCAUACUUGUAUGACUGUUGGCUGCUAUGGGAUGAAUUGUGUUCCCCCAAUUCAUAUGUUGAAGCCUUAAUCCCCUAUGUGACUAUAUUUGGAGAUAAGGCUUUUAGGGAGGUGACUAAGGUUAAAUGAGGUUAUAAAGGUGCUCCAAUAGAUCCAGUAGAACUGGUAUCCUUAUAAGAAGAGGAAGAGACCCCAGAGCUCUCUGCCAUGAGAGGAUACAGUGAGAAGGCAACUGUCUGCAGCUCAGGAGGAGGGUUUUCACCAGAACCAGAUUAUACAGCCACCUUGAUCUUGGACUUCCAGCCUCCAGACUGUGAGAAAAAUACAUUUUGUUCUUUAAGCCACCCACUCAUGGUAUUUUGUUAUGGCAGCCCAAGCUAAGACAGCCCAGGUUUUUAACUGCUAUACCAGAUGCAAGGGGCUUUUCUCAGAUCCAUCAAUAGCAAAGAAAACUGCAAAGAAGAGUCCAAAAGAGGAGAACACCAAGAAAGAGUAAUGUUACUGAAGCCAAGAGACAAGCAUUUUAAAAUUGAGAAUGUCAGUAUUAAAUUGACAGGUCUAAUAAAUUCUGAAUGAAUUUUCAGUUAAGAAGUCAUUGUAUUUUGGAGAGAGUUUUGUGUUUGCACGAAGUCCAGAUUGCAGAGGUUGACUAGUGAAUUGGGGGUGGUGGUGGGAGUGGUAGAAAUAAUGAGUUUAAACCCUUUUUUCAAGAUACUUGGCUGUGAAGGGAAGGCGCAACUAGGACAGUGGCAAGAGAGAGACAUCACAUGUGGGGGCGUAUAUUAGGUUCGUUUGUUCAUUUGUUUUAUAAUGGGAGAGCUUUAAACAUUUAUGUACAGUGGAGGGAAAGUCAGAAGGGAGAAGUGGAAGAUUUAGAAGAGGAAGGUGGAUAAAUGAUGGCAUCAGAUUCCUUAGGAGGUGGGGUGGCUUGAGUUCUGGAGCCCUGGUUGAAGGUUAGCUUUGGGGAGGAUGAGGGGCAUCCUUCCUCCACUUUCUCAGGAAGGAGGUAAGAGUGUGGUUGUUGGUCAGGGGUGGAGGAAAUUGAGGGAGUCUGACCUAAUAACCUCUCUUUUGGUUCUGUGGAGAUGUCAUUUGCUGAGUAGAGGGAAGACUAGGAAGCUUGAAGAAAGUGAUGGAAGUUUAGAAUUGAUUCUGUGAAAUGUGAGAGAGGGAGUUGAUUGGGAGCCCACAAAGAGACUGAUGGGCAGCAGCAAGCAAGGGCCCUGUUGAGAUGGGAGACCAUGCAUUUGCAGAGUCUCUGGUCCACUUGGUUGGGGCUUUUAUGGCAUCAAUCUCUAGUCUGGGUGUGGGAGUGGAGAAGUAGGUUCUUAGAGUGGUUUAGGGGGAGGACAAGCCAGCAAGAAAGCUAUGUUUAGGCAACGGAGUGGGCAAAGCUGGAUAAUCAGAUCCUAGGUUUAUAGUGGACAGGAAGUGAAGCUUGGAACAUGGCUGAUGGAUCAGGAAAAGAAUAGAGAGGGCAUGGGGAAAAACUGGAAUCUUAAACAUAAUUAAGAUCAAGUAUGAUUUAUUCAUUCUUUCAUCAUUCAUGCAAUAAAUCCUGAGCAUUUAUCUUCCAAACACUGUUCUCUGUGGUGUGGCUCCUUAGAUCAAAACAACGAUCGAAACCAAGUCCCUGCCCUGUUAGAGCUUACUUCUAGAGGGGAGGUAGAAAAACAUAUAUAUGAAAAUGUUAAAAGGAAAAAUGAAGGGUAAGGGGGUAGAGAGUGAUGCUAUUUUAGAUAAUGUGAACAAGAAAAGGCUCUUGGAAAAGAUGACCUCUGAGCAGAGACUGGAAUGUAGUUAGGACACAGCAAUGGAAAGAGCACCCCAGGGUAUGCAAACAGCAUGGCAGAGCCCUGGCCCAGAGCUUGCUUGAGGAGUGGCCAGGUAAACUGGGGAGCAUGAGUGAGGAGGAGAGUGGUAAUUACUGAGGGCCGUGAUACUUCAGGGCUGCAGUAGGACCUGGGAUUUUAUUCAAGUGUCAUGGGAAAGCCAUUGGAAGUCUUGAAUCAGAGAAGUGACAUGAUCUGUUUUACUUUUCUGAAGGCUCAUGUUGGCUGUUCUGUGGAGUUUUGAUUGGCGGUGGCAGGUAAGGAAUUGAGAGAUGUAGAAGGGUAAGAGAUUGUAGCCUGUAAGUAGCAUAUUGGAGUUUAAGAUUUCAGAGUUGAAUGCUUCUGGGUGAAGGAUCCCAUUGCUGCUCUUUUAAGCAGACACACCCACUCCACAAUAAGCAUUAUAUUCAGUGGAUAAAGGUCUGACCCCCGACCCUUGGCUUCUGCCGCACCCUUUCCUGUUUUUGACUCUGCCCCUCACCAGCUUCAUUAUUCAUUCUCCCAUUUUGUCCUCACCAGUCUUUCAGAUGUGAUGCGCACUGUUUUCUGCCGAGCCAAGACUUCCUCUAGAUUUAGGUUUACAGACCUUUUCGAUGGAGUCUGAUUUUAGUCUUUGAAAAACUUCCCUGGAAGCCCAUGAUGUAAGACAGGUGAAAGCGGGGGAAAUGGAAGCCGGCAGUGCUGUGUUCUGCCCACUUAGUGCAGUUGCCUGACUCCCUGAAGCAAAGCCCAAGGCUCUCAGUUCACAGUGUGGAAGAGCCCCGCACUGAUUGUAGCUACUGCCUCUCUUGUAGUAUGCCAUCUCCGGGAUCACCUCGGGUCACCCUCUCUGGGUUCAGCAUGUGCUGCCUUCAUCUGCAGGCACCUAGCUGGCCAGACGGCAGCAUGCACACCCUGCGUUUACAAAGCGGUAUGUUGAGGACACUCAGAACUAUGAGGUUAGGAACUGGCUAUGAUACAGACAUUGAGCCUUCAGGCUUUUCUGGUUAAAGAGCACUCUUUCCGAGUCUUCCUCAGAUUUAUUCUCCUGUAUUUGUAUUGGAAGCUUUCAACAAUAAAAGAUAAAGAUGAAUGCCGUGUUUCAUCCAAUACUGAAAAUUUGAAGUUUAGAAGACAUUUGCUAAGUCAAAUCACUUCAAGCGAAUCACACAUCCCUUCUGGAAAGAUUCAGAGUGGGAAAGGUUUGCAGAGUAAGAGUCAGUUUAGGACCAUUGCGCCAAAAAUCGUGCCCAAAGUCCUAACGUCCAGACUGCUAUCCUGCCAUUCCCCGUCACUCCCCGAGCAGGUGAAUCCAGGACCCUCCAGCAACACCAAGCCCCUGGGGGUGCCCGCCCAAAAUUAUGCUCUGAUGCAGGUUGCUGGACAGGAGGGGACGUUUUCUCUCGUCGCCUUGCCACACGUAACCUCAGCUCAGCCAAUCCAGAAGCCCAGACUGCCGCUGCCUGAAAACCUUAAACUGCCUAUUCCCCGAUACCAACCCCCGAGAAAUAACAAAGGAUCAAGAAAGAAACCCGUUCGGAGUUCCUCUGAGAGUGGCGGUGGCAUACCUCCUGCCCAAACCCAAACGUCCCCCACCCCACCUGACCAUCCCGAGGCCCCGCACAAAGCCGGCCCCUUGGAGCAGGCGCCGUCACGAGCCCAAGCCCCAGCCGACGUCAGCUCAGCGCCACCAGCCAACCAAGGUGGCCCCGGAGACUCUCCACCUCCGGUGGCCAGUGACCAUGGAGAUCCGAGCCCUCCUGCCGCCCCGACACCAUCCACACCAGAGGAGCCCUCUGCCAAGCAGGACCUCGCAAGGACUUCGGGGAAAGCGAACUUGGCGACCAGGAAAACCUGCAGUAAGCCUUCUUCCGUUGCCGGUGGAAAACUGAAAGAACAAGUCGAUCUUGCAAAAGCCAUGACCAUUUUAUCACCAGCUGUUUUUGGCAACACAGUUCAGCUCAUCUCUCCAGUCCCCAAAGGUAAACUGCCAAUCCUCCCGUACGCUAGAAUGAGAACAGCGGAGGUGUGCAAGGGUCCCUCGGGGGUUACCACCACAGAUGGUUCUCUGCCUGGGCUCAGGGCCGUCUGUGAUCAGACCUUCUCCAUCACGGAAGGCUUUCAGGCAGCCACCAAAAUGGUUGGCAAGACACCUGCACCACAGUCGUCAAAGCAGAGUCCCUGCGAGAGUGCUUUUUGUCCCGCCACCAGGCUGGAUCUCAGCCACAAAGCAAAACUGAACAGCGGGGCGGCGAAGAGAAGAGUACGAAAACGAAAGGUACCGGAGGAAAUGUUGGCAUUUCAGGGGAAAAGGAGGAAGUGUAUCAUUAACAAGUGUAAAGAGAGUAAAGAAAGAGUGAAAACCGAUCCCCAAGAACCCAGAGACCAAAAACCCGGGGCUCUGAAGAAAUACCGCAGCAUUAUGCCCAAGCCUGUGAUCGUGGUGCCCACUCUGGCUCCCGUGGCUUCUCCAGCAGGUGUGUUCCAGCCCCACACGCCCGGCGGCCUGGCACAGGACGUUCUGUUUGAUGAUUCACUCGCUCCCAAGUAUCUGGGCUGGAGGCAGGAUGGCGGCGCCUCUGCGAAGCCCAGCUCCGCGCUGCGGAAUGGCUUACCGGGCGUCAAGGAGCCUUGGCACCGGUGCCGUGUCUGCAACCAUCACUUCCAAUUCAAACAGCAUCUCCGAGACCACAUGAACACACACACGGACAGACGGCCGUACAGCUGUCGGAUCUGUCGCAAGGCGUACGUGCGGCCUGGCAGCCUGAGCACGCACAUGAAACUCCAGCACGGUGAGAACCGUCUCAGGAAACUCGUGUGCUGCGAGUUUUGCGCCAAGGUGUUCGGCCACGUCAGAGUCUACUUCGGCCAUCUAAAAGAAGUGCACCGGGUCGUCAUCAGCACCGAGCCCUCCCCCGGGGAGCGGCCGCCAGGGGACCUGCCGAAGAACAGGGGCCUGAGCGCACGAGGGCCGGAGGGAUCCGUGGAGAGGGCAAACAAGUCGAGCCUGGAAGAAGACCUCCUCCUCACCCAGGCAGAUGAAGUCAAGUUGCAAAUCAAAUGUGGCCGCUGUCAGAUCACUGCUCAGUCUUUGGCUGAAAUCAAGUUUCAUUUACUUUACAUCCACGGAGAGGAAAUUCAGGGCCGGCUGCAAGAGGAGAUCCUACCAGGAAGCAGAGGCACUCAGGAGGACCUGGUGAAACACGCUGCUCCUUUCUGGAAACAGCAUCCUGAAAGAAGAAAGCUGCUUAACAAGCACGGCCCCCCUGAUGAGGAGUUCCCCGCAUUUCCCAAACUGAAAAGGCAGCUCUGCCUUCAUCCCCAGAAGGAUAUGGAAAUCCUCAGGAAGGCUGAAGGAGCCCAGGCAGGACCCAGCGAGGCGGGGGCGGGUCCCAGCCCCCACGCCCCCCAACUUCGGUCCCAUUCAGGCUUUAACUGCGUCUUGUGCACACAGAUCCUGCCAAGGAAGGAAGAACUCCUCCUGCACUGGGAGCAGCAACACAACUGUGAGGACCCUCCCAAGCUGUGGACGAUUUUAAACACCCUCUCCCACCAGGGAGUGAUCGGACUUUCUGGCAAAACUGAACAAUGAAAUACUGGGGUGGGAAGGGGGUUAAGGAGAGUGCUGCUUGCUUGCUUUCUCUUUCUCUCAAAGCUUUGUGUUCCUAGGGUGGUACCUAAUUAUAAAAGUCAAACAAGUUAGGAACAGCAUUAAUGAGCACAAGUGAUUUUGUGCAUAGUUUUAUUUUCUUAUGAAAUACAUAUAUAUAUAUAUGCCCUCGAUGUAUAUUUUUCUAGCCACAUGCAGUUUUAUUUCAAAAUUCUGUAUACCAAUUGUUAGUGUCCUAGACCUUGAGAAUAAAAAGAAAGAUGAAAAUUUGGAGAUUGAA